UUCGGCGUUUGUUUAUUUACUGUUUGAUCAAAAGUAGAAUAACGAGUACGAAUAUAGAAAGAUAAAUUUGUGUUUGAAUGAAGAAUUAAAAAACUAUGAUAUAUUUAUAAAAAUAAUUUAAUACCGGACUUACCAGUAUUUAUUGUUACUUGCUAUUGUUACACUGGUUGAAAUUAUGAGUAGUGCAAUUAAUAUUAAAACAAGAAUUAUAUUACUGAGUUGCGGGUCUUUCAACCCCAUCACACACAUGCAUCUUAGAUUAUUUGAAUUGGCAAGAGAUUAUUUGCACAGCACUGGACGAUUUCAAGUUGUGGGUGGGAUUAUUUCUCCUGUCAAUGAUGAAUAUAAAAAGAAGGAUCUCAUUUCUGCAAAACACAGAUGUGAAAUGGUAGAACUUGCUCUGAAGUCUAAUGACUGGGUCAAAUUGGAUUGUUGGGAAAGUGACCAAGAAAGUUGGACUCCCACUGUCAAGGUUCUGGAAUACCAUCAAAAUAUUUUAAACUCCAUUACAAAUGCCAAUAACAUUCAAAUGUCGGCUUCAAAAAAACAAAAACUUGAUGUAGAAAAUAUGAAUGCUGUGAAUAACAAUGGCCAAUCAAAAGACUGGGAUCUGUCACAGCCUGUCCAUCUGAUGCUUCUUUGCGGAGGUGAUCUUCUGGAGUCCUUCAAUGUGCCGGACCUAUGGGCUUCAGCAGAUAUAGCUCGAAUUGUUGGGAAGUUUGGUUUGGCAGUAGUUACAAGGAGUGGUUCUAAUCCUCAGCGGUUUGUCUAUGAAUCUGAUAUCCUUUCAAAGUUUCAGAACAAUAUACAUAUAAUCACAGAAUGGAUUCCAAAUGAUAUAAGUUCAACUAGUAUAAGGAGGGCUAUACGAAGAGGGAACAGUGUAAAGUAUUUGAUACCAGAUGCUGUAUUUCACUACAUCAAAGAGCAUGGUCUUUAUUCCUCCAAUAAUAAGUAUCAUGUUACAUUUCCUGAACUCACUGAUGCAAAUUAUGCUUUUAUCAAGAAUCUUUGUGAUGAUAUUUAUCUUGAGUCUGAACAAGAAACUGCUGUGUAAAAAUAAGGAUGUGAUAAAUUGUUUUUCAUGGAGCUUUGGACAAAGAAAUUCCUACCUCUGAUUAUAAGAAGAGAAUGUGAUCUUAUGUUUUUGCUGUGAUUAAUAAAUUUAUUAUUAUUUAUUUAAGUUUGGAAAUUAAAAUGUUAUUGCUGAUAAAUGAAAAUUUGAAUGAAAGUCUUUAUUCCCUGUACAUAUUGCAUGAAUUGUAUUAUUUAUUAAAUGUGAUGUUCUUCUAAAUGGUUCAAUUUGACAUCUUUGUA